AUGGCGCAGCCUUUGUCCCCCUUAUCGCCAUCUUUUGGCAACUCUCGCGCACAAUCACCUGCAUAUGCUCCGCCGUCCGCCGUCCGCCGUCGACGAGGAAUUGACGAGAUAAUGUCGGCGACCGAUCAAUACGAUAAGGAAAAUGCCUCGCCGAAACCUGCAAAACGUGCUUUCUACUCAUAUGACGGCAGUGCCGACGAUGAAUUAAUUGACGAUAACAAUGAAAAUUACAACAAUCUGAAAAUUUCUACUACACCUGCUCGAAGCAAUCAAGUCAACAACAUGGAUGACAUUGGCGAUGAUAUGAGCGCUGAUUUUAAUGGUCCUCCGAGCUCACCAUUUCAGUACGAAGCGCGUGAUGAUACUGUGGAUAUGCAGAGAUUACAAGCCAUGACCAGGUCGACGGCGCGAAGCGCGACCACGUCGCCGCAGAAGAAGCAGGGUCCAGAAAUCUAUAUUGAUGAGGAAGAUUGCGUUGAUGAGAUCGAUACCACUGAGCAAUAUGAUGCUGGCUACCGAUCUAACGAGUAUGAUGAUACAACCACAAUGAGUGACAACGACAACAAGAAUGAUCAGAACGACGGUAGCGUACUUCGCGUGGAGUCAAAACAAGUCGAGCACUCGACCAUCGGAAAUAGCUAUAUCGAAGAGAGACAUAACGAAGAAAUGAGCACAGUUGCCCACCACCAUGAAGAGAGUGCUCAUCCUGAUGCAGCACAAGACAAUGACACAAUGGAUGAUACAUGCUUCAGCACCUUUUCGGCCGUACCAAACGUUGAUAUGACCAUGUUCGCCAAGCUUGGACAAUCUCCCACCAAAAAUUUUGGCGAUACCAUGGAAUCACCUGCUGUUAACCGAACUCCAGGAUACUAUCGACGGUCAAAAGCAACAACGCCAGCUACAGCUCAUAGGCGGGGGCUUAUGGACGAAACUGAUAUCUCUCCAACCCCAAGAAGGAGAAAUCGUCCUGGUAGCGACGAAAGUGUAAAUCUGCUUGACUUUAACGACUCUUUCAACUACUUCCACAGAGUUUCUCAGCGAUUUUCGAUGUCGAGCAAUCGUGCGUCUAUGUCUCCUCGACGUCGAUCACCGUUGAAACCUCGAGACCCAAUGCGAUCUCCAGCAAAAUACAACUUGAUAGACUUUGACAUGCCACCACCUGCUACGCCGAUGUCAAUUCCAUCCAUCACUCCUCGAGAACUAGAAUCUCUGAAGUCCGGCUUUCUGUCUGAAAUUUCUUCGCUCAAGGCCACCCUCAGUGGCAAAGAAGCCGAAGUGGCAAGUCUUAAACAAGCUGUUGCUGACGCCGAGCGUCGCGUAGGAGAAGCACUUGAAGAAGUCCGCAAUGAGGCGAUUCGCAAGGAAGCCCUCGAAGUUGAACAGGCCGAGUGGGAGAGACGAGGCAAGGAAAUGGAGACAGUGCUACGUGAAGUUCGAGCUGAGAUCAUUGACGGCGAACGAGAACGCGAACGCUUGACUAAGAAGAACGAUGAAGCGGAGCGACUCAAAGAGCAGCUCGAAGGAAGAAUCGUCGAGCUUGAAAGUCAACUGGAUUCUGCAAAGAAAGCCGCUGCUGCCAACCCCAGUGCGACCACGACGAACGAAGACGGUGACAAGUCAGGCAUGCUUACGCCCGAACAAUCUGCGAAGGAUGUUCAGGAAGCUGUGGAACGGGUUGCACGAGAAUUACACACACUAUACAAGGGCAAGCAUGAGACCAAGGUCGCCGCUUUGAAGAAGAGCUACGAAUCGAGAUGGGAGAAACGUGUUCGCGAAGCCGAAAAUAAAUUCCGCGAAGCCAACGAGGAAGUUGAGCGUCUCAAGACUGAGCGCGACACAACCAUGUCCGGACCCGUGAACCCGAGUAUGAGCAUGAUGAGCGUUAUGGGCCGGGACAACGAAGAACUCGAGACUGAAAAUAAGGUCCUCGGAGCUCAAAUCAAGGGUCUCGAAGAGCAAUUAUCCACCAUCAAGCGAGAUAAUGAGCAGCUACACGCCGAGCUCAAAAUGGAGCGUACCGAAAAGGGCGAACUGGUUGCCGCUGUCGAUGAAUGGCUCAAUAUGCAACAAGCUAAUACCAGCCAACAACCCGCACCUCCAUCUUCCCGCGAAGUCUCAAAUUCAUCAGCCUACUACUCCGCCAGCGAACAAGAGGCGCCCCUAACGUCCUCGGCCUCAUCAUCCUUCGAAACCAGCCCACGCAAGAAAUCAAUUGAUGAAGGAGCCGCUGAACCCCCUUACCAGCCAACAUUCAAACGCAGCAUAAGCCGCACCGUACCUCCCUCAAACACUCUAAGUAGCGGUCUCCGCCCCCCAUCAUCCGGCACAACAGCAACAGCAGCAGGAGGAAGCAGCGGUAUCGAGAAACGAAGCCGUCUAGGCAUGUAUGCCGGUGGCGGACACAGCACUGGUGGAGGCCAUCAUUCGCGACACAACAGCGGCGGAAAUGGAGGUCGUUCAAUUGCCAUGCCGGCUACGACGCCGGGACGAAGUGGGAUUAUGAAUUCGAUUGAGCGUAUGGGCGCUGGUGGACGAUAA